AUGCCCGCUGCGAGGUGGUCGAGAGGCCGACGGCGUUCGAAGGGCUUGACCAGUCGAGCCGCGCCCUCUCCGGUUCUCCGCGGGCACCAGCUGCAAGCGCCGGAUGGACCGCGCCGGGCGGCGACACUGCAGGGGCGCCCGCCGUCGGCCCGGCAGGUCUCGUCGUCUUCCCAGCUUGCAAGAGACUGA